AUGCGUGACGAUGCGCGAUCGAUCGUGCGCGAGGCGUAUCGACGCGGUAUCGCGACGCACGACGCCAUGGUGGAGGGCGAACGAUUCCCGCGCUCGCUCGCGCACGAGACCGAGGCGCGGAGGUAUUGGAAACGGUUCGGGAACAGAGAGAACGCGCCGCUGGUGAUGUUUUUGGAGGCGCACGCGCGGGCGCUGGACGAAGGCGGAGACGAGACGUCGGGGGCGUACGCGCAGGCGCUGCGGAACGCGGCCAAGGCGUGCUCGAAGACGAAACAGAGAGUGUGGAACGCGGAUGACGCGCGAGCGCUGCGGGGGAUCGGACCGAGGAUGGGUGAUGUCAUAGACGUCUUCUUUCGUCUCGGCUCGGCGCCGACGGUGACGGAGUACGGAGAGACGCUCGCGGCGAGAAACUUCGGUGCGUCCAUCGAUCGUUUCGCCGCGUCGUCGACGAGGAUGGCGCACGCGACGUCGACGUCGGGUAAACGAGCUGGAUCGGUCGACGCUCGCGCGGACGAUGAGAAUCGAGCGGGACCGGCGCCGAAGAGAGCCAAGGCGACGACGACGUGGGUGCCCGGUUAUCGCACGGCUGCGUUCGCUUUGCUCGUCACCAUGCACAAGCUCGCCCUUCAAGGUCGUGAAGUGCUCACGAAAAGAGAGCUCGAGGAAGAGGCCGAAAUAAGUGGUUUGAGCGCAUCGGGGAUCAAACCGAGAGCGCCCCCGGGUGGACCGGCGCACGGCGGCGGGCGAGGUUCGUAUUUCAGUUACUGUGGAUGGAAUUCAUUCAACCGAUUGAAGGCAAAGCAAAACGGUUACGUCGAACCCAUGGUGCACACGUGGAAAAAUUCCUACACGAUGCAAAUUCGUCUGAGUAAGACGGGAACUGAGCUCGCGGAGAAGCUACACGCCGCGGCGGAGGCGCGCGGGGACUGCGUGUGUGGCUUAUGGCGCGGCGAACACGCGAGCAAAGAUCCUGGAGAUUUCGGUGGCGUUGGCGUGGUAAAUAUGGACGAAGACGACCAGCUCGAAGUUCUCGAUGAUACCGGGGCGUGGACGCCCGUCUCGUCGCAGCAGCAACGUUCGGCAGCUGCGUCAGUGUUGCCACCAUCAGCGGCGAUCAUGCAAAACGCCAAGCCUCUAUCGAACCUCGUCAGUCCUUCGCGCACGGGAUGGACGCUACCUCCACUAGAGCAAGGGGAAACGUACGCCGAUCGUUACGAUACCGUCCUCGUCAUCGACAACAAAGAGCCGAGGCUUCGGGAAGAGAGACAGCUCGCGUUCUUUCACAACCACGGUGUCAAGACGCUCCGGUCCAAUCUCGAGAUUGGUGAUUUUGCCUGGGUCGCGUGUCCCAAAGGAAGCGAGCCGGGGAUUCAUAACGCGUACGUACUCGAUUUUCUCAUCGAGCGCAAAGAUGUCGGUGACCUGCAAGCGAGCAUCAUGCACAACGCGGAAAAAGGCAAACGCUACGACCGCCAAAAGUACCGCAUGAAGAAUUAUUCUGGUCUAACGAAUCUCGCGUAUCUCAUCGAGGGGGAUUUGUCAGCGACGUCUAACGUCGGUCAAAUGUAUCACCGCCCCGAGGGAGGUGGCGUUUGUAGGUUCGCUGGGACGAACCCUGGUACGAGACCGCACGACAUGCGAAAGCGCCUGCUGAGCGCUCGCGUGCAGACAGAAAUUUUUGAUGGAUUCAAAGUCAUCAACACCAUGCACUUCGAGGAUACGAAAAGGUUACUGAAGAACAUUACGUUAUCCUUGCACGCGACGUACGGGCCGCUCACUCGCGCCAAGGCGACAAAAUCGGCGCGCACGUAUGCGCAAUACGACAAGGAAUACAGAGCGGCUUUGAUGCGAGAGGAUUCGGUGAAGAUCACUUGGAUGUCCAUGCUCGCACAAAUCGACGGCCUCGGUCCGGAAAAGGCUGCGGCCAUCGCAGAGCAAUAUCCAACGCCCUAUUCGGUGAAGGUACUAUGCGAUCGAGGAAAGGUCCACGCCAUGUGCGCGCUGCAGUGCAUCCAGACGGCUGGAAAGAGCGUCGGCCCGGCGGCGAGCGAUAAGUUGAUUCGAGCUUUCUUUCCGACGUGCGAAUAG